UCCCCAAUCCAACACUUAAUUGAGGAACCGGGAUUCCUCACGUGCGAAGUUGAUUUGUAGUUUGAACACGUGGCUCAUUCAAAAAAGCCGGAAUAUUCAAGAGAUUUUUUCUUCUCGGUUUUAUUUAGAGGCGGCGCCAGUAUUAACGUGUGUGUGACAGUUUCGGUCUUUCUGCCAAAGGGGUUCGGGGAAGACAAAAAGUAGUUUUCGCCUCCUUCUGCCCGACCCACCAUCGUAAGGAAAGGCGGAAUACAUAAUUACAAAUUUAUUUAUUUUUUUGCGCGAUAGACGGGGAGAAGGACCGCGAUACCUCGAUAGGCUUUUCCCACUAAAUACAUCGAUAGCAGCCUAAAUAGGAAGGUUGGCAUUUUCCCGUGCUUAACGCCAUGAAUAAGCUGUACAUCGGCAACUUGAGUGAAGAAGCGAGCCCGGUGGAGUUGGAAAGUAUCUUCGAGGAGUGGAAGAUUCCUGUCAGCGGUCCGUUUCUGGUUAAAACGGGUUAUGCGUUUGUGGAUUGCCCCGACGAGAAAAUCGCAAUGAAGGCCAUAGACAUUCUUUCAGGUAAGGUAGAACUUCACGGAAAGCUUCUAGAAGUGGAACAUUCAGUCCCAAAAAGACAAAGGAGCUGCAAGCUGCAGAUCCGGAACAUUCCGCCACACAUGCAGUGGGAGGUAUUGGACGGCUUGUUGGCUCAGUACGGGUCAGUGGAGAGCUGUGAGCAAGUGAACACAGAGACAGAGACUGCCGUGGUAAACGUGAAAUAUGGUGCUAAGGACCAAGCCCGACAGGCGCUGGAGAAGCUGAACGGGUUCCUGAUGGAGAGCUACGCGCUGAAGGUCAGCUACAUCCCCGACGAGACCGUCGCCCAGGAGGCCCCGCCGUUACCGGGGCGACGGGGCUUCGCGCCCAGGGGGCCCCCCCGGCAGGGCUCCCCGGGGGCGGGGCCGGGGGCGAGGCCCAAGCUGCAGUCGGACGUGCCCCUGCGCAUGCUGGUGCCCACGCAGUUUGUGGGCGCCAUCAUUGGCAAGGAGGGCGCCACCAUCCGCAACAUCACCAAGCAGACGCAGUCAAAGAUCGAUAUCCACCGGAAGGAGAACGCGGGCGCGGCGGAGAAGCCCAUCACGGUGCACUCCACGCCCGAGGGCUGCUCGGCCGCCUGCCGCACCAUCCUGGAGAUCAUGCAGAAGGAGGCGCUCGACACCAAGUUCACUGAAGAAAUCCCCCUGAAGAUCCUGGCACACAACAACUUUGUCGGUCGUCUGAUUGGCAAGGAAGGAAGAAACCUGAAGAAGAUUGAGCAGGACACCGAGACCAAGAUCACCAUCUCUCCCCUGCAGGACCUGACCCUGUAUAAUCCGGAGAGGACCAUCACAGUGAAGGGCUCGAUCGAGGCGUGCGGCCGCGCCGAAGAGGAGGUGAUGAAGAAGAUCCGCGAGUCCUACGAGAACGACGUGGCCGCCAUGAACCUGCAGUCGAACCUCAUCCCCGGGCUCAACCUGAACGCUCUGGGGCUCUUUCCCUCAUCAGCGCCCAACAUGCCCCCCUCCAUGAUGGGCGGGCCCCCUCCUGGAGCGCAGGCCUCGUACCCCUCCUUUGGGCCGCCGGAGUCGGAGACGGUGCAUCUCUUCGUCCCGGCCCUGGCGGUCGGCGCCAUCAUCGGCAAACAGGGCCAGCACAUCAAGCAGCUGUCCCGCUUCGCCGGGGCCUCAAUCAAGAUUGCCCCAGCUGAAGGGCCUGACGCCAAGCAGAGGAUGGUGAUAAUCGCGGGGCCCCCGGAGGCUCAGUUCAAGGCUCAGGGCAGGAUAUUUGGGAAGUUGAAAGAGGAAAACUUCUUCGGGCCCAAGGAGGAAGUGAAACUGGAAGCGCACAUCAAAGUUCCGUCCUACGCCGCCGGCCGUGUCAUCGGAAAGGGCGGGAAAACGGUGAACGAGCUGCAGAACCUCACCAGCGCUGAGGUGGUGGUGCCCAGGGACCAGACGCCCGACGAGAACGACCAAGUCGUCGUGAAAAUUACCGGACACUUCUAUGCAAGUCAGCUGGCCCAGCGGAAGGUCCAGGAGAUCCUGUCUCAGGUCAAGCGGCAGCAGAAGGCUCCCGGGGCCCAGCCGGUGCUCAGGCGCAAGUAGAGGAGGCUGAUUUCGGUACCCCCCCCAGCCCCCUCCUCCCCACCCCCGCUGCCCCAGCGCAGAGAUGUGCUCCAGGUCGGGACAGAGCGCAUCACCCGCACCAGCUCCAGGGCAGGUCACACUCGGUUUCGUCAUGGCAACGUCUCCAUGGAAACCGACAUCCUCUCGCAUCUCUGCUGAGAUGGGAUUUUGUUUUUUUUCUUCCCUCUCUUUUUCUUUAAAAAAAAAAAAAAAAAAACACUCAGUUUUGGAACGGAAUGAAUACCCCUCUUCACUUCCUGGUGUGGAACACAGGAACACACUCAACACCGCGCGCCUGAACACUUAAUUUGCCUUCUGUUCCCUCUGAGUGCAGUAUUGUGUGUGUUUAAUGAUGCUCCCGCGAUGGCUAAAAGUGUGAAGUGAUAGAGGGGUGUUUCCCUCCUCACGUCUCAGUGGGGGGGGCGGGGCAGG